UGGAAAACUUCUUUCCCUACUCUUGAACACAAGAUCAUAGCCCCGAGCCAUGUCACUGUUCGGGAUGGCUCCCUCUUCACAGAGCGACGACUCAGGCGACAUCAUCGACGAUAUUACCAAUUCAGAGGCGCGAACUGCAAUUGAAACUGAAAUCUUCACGAACGCUGCCCACACCGCAGCAAUCAUUUCCUUGCCUCCCGAGAUCCUCUUAAUGAUCUUCGAUCACCUUGAUCCAGUGUCAUCCACUUGCCUUGGAGUUACGUGCAAGAAUUUCUAUCCGAUCCACCGAGCUAUCCAUGGAACAGUUGGUCUGAGUGCAUACAUCAUAGGCAUCAACAAGUGUUACCCGGAUGGCCAAUACAGGGAAGGAUGGGAAUUCUGUUUGGGAGCUCUUUUAAGGGAUUUCCUUCCUGGCCAUGUCUAUCUUUCGGUUUGGGGGCAUAGGGGUCAUAAGGGCUCACGAAAUAAGACGCUACGGUUCAUGCAAAUGGAGAGGAGCUAGUGGGAGCUCCCUUCCUACGGCUGGGGUGCUCGGACUAAGAUCGAAUGAGUUGAUACCUUCGACAUUAUAGAGGUUAUUGCAAUUGCGGAUGCCACGAAUUGGGUGAUCCUACUGCGAUUAGGAGCGAAUCUUGAGUCUGGCAAUUGCGGCUUGUUCUUUCGCUAUUUUGGAAUAGGCCACAAUAUCAGUGAAGCUCUUGAUUUUCCACUUCUUGGUGGAACAUAUUGUGAGUGAGAUGGGGAAGGAAGGUGGAGUGACAGAUCAAGCAAUCUUUUAC